ACCUCGACCGCUUAAGAUACUGGCAAAUUUAUCGACGCAAUAUCUCGUUGCUGUAGUGAACUCUCCUGUUACAAAAGAUCACGAAUUUGCCUUCAAAACAACGAUUUCCAGUAACAUUAUUUUGAUUGACAUUUCCGCAAGUUCUCCCCAGUAUCAUCGUCUUACUCCAGUGGAUAAACGUCGCCUGACAUUUCCAGCAAACUCCUCUUUAACGGAUGUUCUGGACGACCGCCACGACUGGAGUCACUACGAGGUUCGCAUCCAAACCAUCGGGACUCGACCUCCGUACGCAACGCUGGCCAAAGGUGAACUAACAGGCCUGGACAUUGAAGUCUGCAGGGCGGUGUUCGGAAGUGCCCGGAUUCGGUACCGAUUCGUGAUGGCCUCCAACCAACAAAUUACGUACUCAAGUUAUCGUGCCAGAGUUGAACGCGAUCUGGCUAGCAAAAGCAUCGAUAUGAUCAUCUCUCGAGCGAUCUUUGCCAACGCGUUCGCCGAGCAAAUGUACGUGUUCGACAAGAUCGGACUGUGUUUGGUGCUACCGAAGAGCUUGAGCAGGAACGUGGUGUACCACUUGGUGCAUCCCUUUCAGCUCAACAUCUGGCUGCUGAUCCUAGCCGUGUUGUGCCUCGAUCUGCUGCUGGUCCGGUUCUGUCCGAAUACAUUCCCAAACAAUUUGGUGAUGAUCCUGCUGUUUGGUGAUCCAACCCCAGAUCACCGACAUCCCCGCUGGAAGCGGUUCUACUGCUUCGCUUGUACGGUGCUGCUGUUCAUCCUAUCGGAAGCCUACCUGAUCAAGGUGAUCCGCUACAUGACCGUAACGAGGUACACUCCCGAUAUGCGAUCGGUAAAUGAAGUUCUCAAAAGUGAACUGCAGUUCAAGGUUCCAGUUGGUACCAAGCAGCAGAUGGCCGCUGUUGCAUGUUGCGGAGGAUGA